CAUGCCCACACACUGUGACGGGGAAGGUUACCUCCACAGCUGAACCACACCGUCCCCACACACUGUGACGGGGAAGGUUACCUCCACAGCUGAACCACACCGUCCCCACACACUGUGACGGGGAAGGUUACCUCCACAGCUGAACCACACCGUCCCCACACACUGUGACGGGGAAGGUUACCUCCACAGCUGAACCACACCGUCCCCACACACUGUGACGGGGAAGGUUACCUCCACAGCUGAACCACACCGUCCCCACAAGUUCAUGGUUAAACAAAACAACAUAAAGAUGGGGGUAAAGGAAGGAAGUGAGCCAGAUAGAAACUCAUCACAAAACAUAGAUUCCCAUUGACGUCCCAUUGCACCAUCUUGCUUUCAUCAAAAUAAUUUAACAGCGAAGUAGCAUAAUCAUGAUCUUUAGCUUUCAAUUUUAAAUGUACCAAAUGUACUAUUGAAGGAUUAGCUCGUACUGAAACUGGUGCUACUGGAGUACUUGCUGCUGGUGUUGGAGCUAGUGAUGGCGCUACUUCUGCUUUCUUUACUACUGCUACUUUAGCAGGUCCCUCAUCGAUGGAUUUACGAGGUGUGUGUGGGUGUGGCAGGUGUGGGAACAAGAGACUGAGGGUUCUCCUGCUGAUGGUGAUAGUGCUGGGACUACUCGCCUUCUAUCACCAGUCUACCAUCUCACCAACGGUCAACUUUGGUCCCAGUUCGUGUGCCAGAGUGGGGGCAGAGGUGCUGGAGUGGCACUACAGGUUACGGCUAGCCAAAACACUUGAUGCUCUCCAUACAGAUGUCAAUCAUCAAUUAAGAGGUGAGAGGCUGGUGGAUGGAGAGUGGGCAGUAAGACUGGAAGCUCUGGUGGCAGAGCUGGCCCCCCAUAUGGCCAGAAAUGCCACCUCCGAUUGGGACUAUUCUGCCAGACUGUUAGCCAUGGGCCCCGCACCUCUUGUGCCCGGCAUAACUCGCCACGUGUGUCCCGAGGUCUAUAUGGGCAGAACAUAUGAUUCUAAAUUCCACCAGCAUGGUAUGGAGACAGAAAAAUGCAAUUAUGUUCCACCCUUCAACAGUGUUCUUACUGCUGUGCUUCCAGCUUUCUCUUGGCCACCUGAGACAAUUAACUUCGUCCUGGCGCAGAUCAGAACAUUUUAUGACAUCCCUAUUAUUAUUAUAGUCCACAAAAUACUUACACUCAAUACCAAACUGGCAAAUGUUAUAGUAUUACCAUAUGAUAAUAACACCACUGGUGAAGCAGAUGUGCUGAACAAGGCAAUACAGCAGGUGAUGACACCAUAUGUACUGGUGGGGUUGUCACUGGCACACUUCAGUAACCAAUCAUCGCUGGAGAGGCUGGUGCGGGUACUGGAUGAGCUGGAUCAUGUGAAGGUAGCUGGCGGUGCUGCCAGGGACCUCAAGGGUCACUGGAUCCAUGGCUGCCUCCAGCAGCGCAUGGCUGAUUACCAAGCCACCUACACCAUGGGUUACUAUUACUCCAAAUACGAGUGCAUGUACUGUGACGAUGUGUUAACGCCGUUUGUGACCAGUAGCAACUUGCUGAGGAAGGUGACUUUCAGCGCAGGACUGAAGGGGCCGGCUGUAUAUCGUGACUGGUUUGCUCAAGUUCGUAGACUGGGCCAUUUAACUAUGUUGUGUCCUGACGUUAUGUUCUUUCUCACCAACCACACCACAAUGACGAGUAAUGACUGGCUGACUGUAGCACGUCGCUGGGCCCUCCAGAAGGUCUACACCUUCACUGGUGAAGUUCAUGAAUUCUCGUGUGACUCCGUCAAAAUAUCCUGCAAAAAUCCUCUGAAAAUAAUAAAUUCGUUUCUUUUACCACCAUGCUGCAGGGCCAUCAUGGAAACGGAACUUGGUAACCUCAUUGACUUUGCAGAAACCAAUAACUUGGAAUAUGAACUUCACGCAGGCUCAGCCUUGGGAGCAGUAAAGAUGGGAGGCUAUUUACCAUGGGAUUUUGAUAUGGAUAUUGGCUUUGAAACAAACGACUACAAAAAGUGGUUAACGAUGCGUGUAAAGCAUCUUAAGAAAUACAAAUGUAACCUGAAAGUUAACAUAAAAAAUAUAUAUUUUGUGGUGAACUGUCCAUAUUUUUUCCUAGAAUUUUACUCUGUUGGUAAAAUUAACAGCAGACAGUUUCUACCAAUAGAGUACAGAAAUAUAUCUACAACAAUUUUAUAUGGAGGCCGAUGGAUUAAAGUUAGUUCCAAUCCAGGCUUACAUGCCAGAAAUGGCAUGGGAUUUGACAUGUUGAAACAUGCCUCACACUGGAGAACUGCAAAGAUUUCACAAUUAGGAAAAGACAAGGGCGGCUAUGACAACCCGGGAGUAUGGCAAAAAUGUGAAAAACCCGAACACCACUCAUGUUAUGAUCAUUAUCCUGCAGAUGGCAACCUGCCCUUCCUGCAACCCUUUCUCAACGUUUAGCUCAGUUACAACUGGCCAUUGUGAGACACGUUGCAACACUACCUCCACCGUUACUUCAAUGAAGUAAAUGGCGACAUAACAUAGUUGUAGGCCUUCCUCCAACUGUAACCUGUCUACUGUCAACCAAACAUGUCAACUUGGUAUUCCUGCCGUCCAUCAUACACUCAAAAAUUAUCUAAUACGUCAACCCGGCGAUCUUGCAGUCCUUCCUUGACCUGCAUUUGACAUGCCCCUUACACAAUGCAUUUCAAUCACUUGUAACUUGUGUAGUUAAAAAAAAAUUUGGGUUCAGUUACUAAGCCACAGAGGUGAUGCGCCUCCGAGCAGUGGCAUAUCCAGGGAAAAUAGCGAACACUGAAACUGCACCUCUGUCCAAACAUCUGACAUCUGUCUCUCACCCCUGUCCAAACACCUGACGCCCAUCUCUCACCCCUGUGCAAACAUCUGACACCCAUCUCUCACCCCUGUCCAAACAUCUGACGCCCAUCUCUCACCCCUGUCCAAACAUCUGACACCCA